AUGCAACCACUUUGUUGGCCAAAUACAGUUAAACUAACAUUAAGUAUUCAACAUGCAAGUGAACUUGAACUUUUGUUGCAACAUAAUAGUUUGCCUUCAAUUGAACAUCUGGAAGUUACUAAUGAAGAUUUACAUAUUGUUUUACCAACAAGUAAUGAGAAAUCAAUACGAAAUAUUCAAUCAAAUGAUGUACAUCUACGACGUGAACGAAUUGAUGGUAUUCGUCUGAGAUAUUUACUCUUACGUUAUAUAAAUCUUACUGAUGUUAUUACAUCAAUUGAUUCGUUAUCGAUGCCUGUGCUUGAAACUUUGAUACUUGUUGAUAUGUAUGAUCAUACAUUAGAUCAUCUUGGGAAAUUUCAAGAACUUUGUAGUUCUAAACGUUUACCUACUCUGAAAAAUCUUCACUUUUCAUUUUGCUUUCCUCAACAAAUCGAAGUUGCAUGGCGAAUGAGUUCAUUCAAUUGGAAGGAUAAAUGGCCUUUUGACAAUGUGGAUAGUUAUAUGGAUGAGAGUUAUACUUAUGUCAAAGCUAAAUACACUUGUAUUACACAGAACAUUUUUAUUAUUUACAAUCAUCCAAUAGACUUUCUCAUUCGUCACAGACGAACUUUCCACAAUCAUCGUUUAGUGACAAAUGUAUCUAAACCUAUCUUUACAACUCGAAGACGAUUGAUCCAAUGGUCCACCGAUCAAAAAUAUGAAUCUAAUCAAAUAAGUGAAAUUCUACGAGUACUUGCAAGUGGUCGUGUCAAUGAACUUCAUUUAAUCUAUUUCGAUGAACAACCAUAUAUAUCGACAAUAAAAUCAACUUUCCAUUCCGACUGCAAGUUUUGGCUUGAUCAUCUACGAUCGAUAAAAUUUGAUAUAAAAUCCGAAUCAAUUGAAAAAUUUCAACGUGUCGCCAUAGUCAAACAAGUCCUAGAUGUAUCAAGGAAUCUUUCUCAUCUUGUAGUGGAAUGGAACGAUUUUCGUCAUUGUUCACGAAGCUAUUCAAAUCUAAGACAUGUUCAUCUUGUAUUAGAUCGAUUAUAUCCUCAACCUAAACAACAUUUUCAUAUUGAUCGAUUAACUCAAUUAGCACCUCAACUAUGUGUACUCGAGACAAGUCGAGCAAUUAUCAUGUUUGAUGAUUAUCUCAUUGAAUUUACUUUGAAUAUUAUUCGUCGAUUUGAUCAAUUGGUACAUUUAGUAAUAAAUAAAGAUGGCAUUUAUCCAAUUAAACAUCAAAUAAAAACCAUAUUUAAUGACAAACUGAUCGCAGCUGGUCAUGGUCAAGUAUUUGAUUGUAACAAUAUUCAAAUUAUAUUUCCUAGAUAUAAUCAACUAAAUAUUUGGCUUUAA